AUGUCAUUUACAAUGGGAAAUGAAACAUUUAUUGUAACUUCUAAAUUAUUUACGGAAAAUCGAUUACGUCUAGUGGAAAUGUUAAAAAGUAAAGUUCAACCUGGAAGUGUUGUAUUACUAAAAGGUGGCAUUGAACAAAAUCGUUAUAACACAGAUGCGGUGGAUCUUCCAUUUCGACAAGAAUCAUAUUUCUUUUGGACUUUUGGAGUUCAUGAAAGCAAUUGUUUUGGUGCAAUUGAUAUUGAUUCCGGAAAAUCAUUCCUUUUUCCACCACGACUACAUCCGGAUUUUGCUAUCUGGCAUGGAAACAUCAAUAAUGAAGAAUGGUAUCAGAAGAAAUAUGAGGUUGACGAAGUACAUUUCAAUGAUCAAAAUAUUAUUAUUGAAACAUUAACAAAUUUACAUGCAAAGCAUAUACUGUUGUUGAAAGCUAAUAAUUCGGAUAGCAAUGAAAUAUUGGAACCACCAACUAUUGAUGGAUUAAAUAAUUUACGUUUUGAUACAGCGAUAUUGUAUCCGAUUAUGGCUGAACUUCGUAUUUUCAAAACUGAUUAUGAACUUGAUGUAAUGCGUUAUGUUUGUAAGGUAGCAUCAGAAGCACAUAAAGCAGUGAUGAAAGCAAUAAAGCCUGGAAUGUAUGAAUAUCAAUUGGAAAGCUUAUUUCGACAUUAUUGUUAUUAUUAUGGAGGAUGUCGACAUUUGGCUUACACCUGCAUCGCUUCAUCUGGCUGUAAUAGUGCGAUCCUACAUUAUGGUCAUGAAAAUGCACCAAAUACCAAGAAAAUUAUCGAUGGUGACUUAUGCUUAUUCGAUAUGGGUCCCGAAUAUAACUGUUAUGCAUCAGACAUUACAACAACAUUUCCGUGCAAUGGGUUACGAUGGAGUCAAAUGCAUAUAUUAGCGGAACGAAUUAUACUGUCACAUUUGAAAGAUGCGGGAAUAUUGUGCGGUGAUUUAGAUGAGAUGAUAGAGGCACGAAUUGGCGCAAUAUUUAUGCCUCAUGGACUAGGACAUUUCAUGGGACUUGAUGUGCAUGAUUGUGGUGGUUAUCUUGGUGAUGCUGAACCUCGUUCGACAUUACCAGGUCUUAAGGCUUUACGUACAACACGUACCUUACGUGAAAGAAUGGUAAUAACUAUUGAACCAGGAUGUUAUUUUAUUGAUACGUUAUUAGAUGCCGCACUUAAUGAUUCAGUACAAAGCAAAUUCAUUAUCAAAGAAAAGUUAAAUGAAUUCAGAGGUUUUGGUGGAGUACGAAUUGAAGAUGAUAUAGUAAUUUGGUUGCAUGGCAAUGAACGUAUGAGCAAUGUACCGCGAACUGUGGAUGAAAUUGAACAAUUUAUGUACGAUAAAGAAAUGAAAAAUUAA